AAAAUGCCUCAGAUUCGUGGUCGAGAAGCGGCAACGAAAAGGGCCAGUGUGGUGGUAGCGCUGCCUCCGGUCGUGAAGAAGUCCAGCAAGAGUCGUUCAUUUCAUUUUCGAUAUCUGGAGCUAUGUCGCGCCAAGAAUAUAACACCAGUACCCAACAUACGCUCGAAUGCCAACACUACCACAAUUCUGGAACUAUGUGGAGAUAAACUCGGAGUCAGUGAAUGGUUGUUGAUCAUCGAUGCCCUACAUCAUGAUCUUGUGCUCCAAACAAUGAUAAUACGCAUGCGUCGAACCAAUGGAAACAAUAUCGUUUUACCAAUUGACACUGAGAACAGAGCUCGACUUUUCCGCCAAAAGCCCGUGAUCUACACUCGCUACAUAUUUAAUAGUCUCGUAGAGGCGAUCGUUAACUGUGUAAAGUUGAAUAAAAAUCUGACAGUAUUGAAGCUGGAGGGACUUCCACUACAGGAUAGUUAUAUUGAGUGCAUCGCACAGUCCCUUGCCUCCAAUGAUUGUCUUAAGGAGUUGAGCUUCCAGAAGUCCUAUAUUGGGGACAAGGGCUGUGGGUCGGUGUGCGGAACGGUCAAGUACUUGAAUCACAUUGAAACUUUUAACCUUUCUGAAUGCAAUUUGGGCCCCAAGGGCGCUGAGCAUGUUGCUGACAUGAUCAAGAUGCAAAAGAUUUCGCGCUUCUCUGAAGGUUGGGAGAAGUCUCUUCGUUAUCGCAGUGUGGAUGUUGAUUCGAUUGCGGGUCUCCGCAACAUUGCCCUGUCCACCAAUCCGAACUUGGGGGAUGAGGGACUUCGCAUGAUUGCCGAGGUGCUCAAGGAGGAUGCUUGGGUGAAGUCUAUUGAAAUGGAGAGCUGUGGCCUGACUGACCGUGGUGCCAAUCUUAUUUUAGAGUGUCUAGAACUCAAUAAUGCCAUUACCGAGUUUAAUAUUCGCCACAACGAUGGCAUAAGUAAGUUCCUCAUGCGGCAGAUUCGCGAUCAUCUCGGCAAGGAGGACGAGGAGAAGGCGAAUGAGCCUCAGUACGAUCUCAGCUGCGUCAUGGGACUGCAGAGCCUGCCAAAGAAUCAGAAAUACACUGUCUCGCAACUGCUGAAUCACACCAAGACACUGGAGGAGCAGUUGUCCUUUGAGCGCACACUGCGCAAAAAGGCUGAGAAAUUGAAUGAGAAACUCAAUCAGCAGCUUCUUUCUCUGGGUCCUGGCGCCCAUCCGCCUCAGGAGAAGGUCAACGAAGGCGGAAAAGUGCCAAAGGGAUAUAUGCUAGUGAAGGGAGAUACGCUUCAAUCCUUUAUCAAAAACUCCCAGGGUUAUCCGCAAGCUACAGCACAGUUCAAUCCGUUGGUUAAUAGCACUGUCACCAGUCCGGAUACAACUCCACGCAGUGAUAAUACAACCUUACGCAAUCAACUUAAUCGGCAAGCUUAUCAGGAGCAGAUGCAGCCGGAUAUAGAUGAAGGAGAGGAGACACCCUCGAUGAGUGCCGAUGAUCAUCAACCACGUCAGGUGUUGCAUGUGCGCAAGGUGCGCAGCGAGAUGAAGUAUGUGGAAACCUAUUCCAAGGAUAACUCCAAGAAGCGAGAGUCCAAAUCUGACCACGAGUUUGCCAACGAACGCGACUUCAAGCUGAACCCCAAGGUGCAGUUUGAGAUGGACAUUGGAGAUGGUAUGAUGAUAAACCAACAACAACUGGACCGCAUACGCUGUGAGGUUCGUGAGGAUAUGGAGCAGGAAAUGAUGCAGGCAUGCCACAUGAACGCGCAGUACGAGAACGAGUGCAUUGGAGAUGGUGUCGAGAACAAUCGCAAGCACAAGGAUAAGCUCAAGAAACGUUUGGGCGCCAUGGGUAACAGUCAUAUGACUCAGUUCAUGGACGAGCUGGAGCGAAAGAUUAACAGCAAAUCUGGCAAGAAACGUCACAAAUCUAAAAAGCAGGCAGAAGAAUCCAAUCAUGUGCGUGAGAUUAAAGACAAGGAAGUCGCAAUGCAAGCCAUGAACAUGAAUGUUGAUUCUUAUAUGCCGACAAUGGAGGAUAUGGAACCGGACUCGGUUGCCAAUAGUUCGGAAUCCGAGGGAGAAAAUGCAGAGAACUUGGCACGUGGACAAGGAUAUACGACUGCACCCAUGAAGGUGUUCGUCAGACGCACACAAAACGUAUCCGAGUCCAUGGAGUGCCAGCAGCUGGACGGGGAAGAGUCGGAAGAUACCAUAAUAUCACCACGCUCGGUUUAUCUAGAAAUGCAGAAGAAGAAGAGUGAAUCCAAUCACUAAACAGAAAGAUUGUUUUGAAACUAGAACUUCAGAAGGUCCCAGUAGCUUAAAGAUAAAGGGGUACAAACUUACGUUUGUUAGGAACAGGGCUAAGGACAAAAUUUUCCGUAAUAAGUGGAGAUCUCUUAUUGCAAUUGAAGAAGGGAUUUGGCAUGAACUGGUUAUGCUUUCAGAAUUACAUCGCAUAUUUAUCUGAUCUUUGUUCAGAUUAAACAGUUAA